AUGGCGGCCGAGCUGCAUUCGGAACUCGCCAUCAGGCCGAUUCCGCGGGACAUCAGAGUGGUCAGCAACACCAACAGCGAAGAACGGCGGCACAAGCACUCGCGAUCGUCGUACUCAGAAGCCUCGCCUCUCACAUCCCGGAAUAAUUCCCUAACAUUUCGCCCGGCGAAACGGUCAAUGCCCUCUCCAGACAAGACCAUUGCCGUCAUCAACGCCAGUGGGAGACAAGCCGCGUCGUUUAUUCGGGUAGCUACCGCUGUUGGUUACCAUGUUCGAGCGCAGUUGCGGAAUCUAGAGGGCGUUGUGGCGACCGAAGUGGCCACAAAUCCAAAUGUUACCGUCCUUCGAGGCGAGCUAUACACGAAGGAACGCCCGGCGGAAACAGCACAAGUCGACGUGACGCGCAAUGGCCCCAUCUCUGGCAUUGGCAUCAACCGCACACUGAUCUCAGAGUUGUUCAGGGGGGCGCAAUUGGCCUUCAUUAACACCACAUUUUAUGGGGACGAGCAACACAUCGGAGAGGCAUUGGCUGAUGCGGCUAAAAAGGCAAACAUCCAACACUACGUCUACUCGUCAAUGCCCGACCAUCAUGCUUACAACAAGGAAUGGCCAUCACUGCCGCUUUGGGCUUCUAAGCACCAGGUCGAGGAGUACAUCAAGAAGAUCGGACUGCCCGCAACUUUUGUCUACACCGGCAUCUAUAACAACAAUUUUACCUCCCUUCCCUACCCGCUCUUCUGCACCGAACUCCAAAGGGAUGGGUCUUGGAUCUGGCAAGCACCCUUCCACCCACACGUCAAGCUGCCUUGGCUAGACGCGGAACACGACGUCGGGCCGGCCAUCCUCCAAAUCUUCAAGGAUGGCGUGAAGAAGUGGGGAGGAGGCAAGCGUAUCGGCCUCGCGUAUGAGAUGCUCUCUCCGACCGAAGCGUGCAAGGUCUUCUCUCGGGGUGUGGGUCGGCCGGUCCGUUACAUACAUGGGCCGAUCGAAAUCAAGACUACGAUCCCGGAUGGCUACCGCGCACAGUUGGAGGCGCUGGAGACUUUGUUCGGCCUGGGCCACGAUGACCCCAAGAAACAACCCCCCUAUUUUGGCGAUGUCGAGCUCGAGAAUAGCUGCCCUCGGCUAGCGCUGGAGCUCUGGGAAGGCCCCCGGGGAUUGGAAGAAUACGCACGAGAGGUUUUUCCCCUGGAGGAGCAGGCAAAUGGCUUACGAUGGAUGCUUGAGGACGGCGACAACGACGGCAGCAGUAGCCAGUCACACCGGAACGGAAACGGUAACAGCCACGGUCCUCAACCGCACCCCCACCACAUCAACGGCUAUGUCACCACCCUUCAACAGGUGUCACUUGAAUCGGAUGGAGAGGAUGAGGAGGACGGUCUGGUUAUGAGGGGCCUCAAACGGGACGAUGAAGAGUGGCUCGCGUAG